AUGGAAGCCAAUCGCCUCGUUGCGGAGCGCCACUUCAAUCCGGUCGACUUUCCUUACCUGUGUCCACCCCCUGGCGCGCGCUUCUUUGUCAUCAAGAGCUUCACCGAGGACGACGUACACAAGUCACUCAAGCAUGAGAUUUGGGCCAGCACGGAGAAGGGCAACGCACGCCUUGAUAGAGCGUUCCGCGAGACGAAGAACCUGCCUGCUGCCCCAGCUUCAGUCGCAUCUGCCGAUGGGGCAGCUGGCCAAGGACCGCCGAUCUACCUCUUCUACUCGGUCAACGCUAGCGGGCACUUCUGCGGUAUGGCCGAGAUGCUCAGCCCACUUGAUUACAACACGACGAGUAACGUCUGGGCACAGGAGAAUAAGUGGAAAGGCAUCUUCAAGGUCAGGUGGAUUUACGUCAAGGAUUUGCCGAACAACCAGCUGCGCCAUCUCCGCUUAACGAACACGACAGAGCAAAAACCGGUCACGCAGAGCCGUGAUACUCAAGAGCUUCCCUCUAAUGUCGGACAAGAGAUGCUCCGCAUCAUGGCCGAGUUCCCAGCCAAGACCUCUCUUCUUCAGGACUUUGCUUUCUACGAGAUGCAGUCACAUCAGAACGAGGCACAGAAGAAGGCGGCCACUGCUGCUGCUGCAGCCGCCGCCGGUUCUGUUGGACAACCCACCGGUACGCCCGGCUUACCGCAUCCGGCCAGCGGCAUGAUGUCCGCUCCUCCACCUCAUGUGCUGCUGCCCAUGCCUACAUCCUCGCCCAUGCCAUUCUACCAGCAGGCAACACCUUUCUUUGGCAGCGACCCAGCUGCAUCCUUGCGCUACCAACAGCAGCUGCAGAAUCUAUUCCUCAACCGACCCCCACAGUACCAAACCCAACUUCCGCAACAACCAUUCCUCCAGCAGCAACGGCAGCGCGGCUCGCAGCCUUACAUUCCCUCUCCACAGCCGAGCCCAGGCUUUCCCCAUGCGUAG